CUUACUAGCGUGCCAAUCUCUUUUGGCCCACACCUCCGUACUUAUUCUUUAAAUAGAAACUCUGGGGAUAUAUGCCUACCCCGCAUUGCCCCACCAAAACACAGAUCAGCGAGGACAACAUUUAAGACGGUAUGGAUCUGCAUUUCGAGAAGCUUGUGCAAUAACUGAGGCAUUUGUGUCCAACUUUGCAAAAUGUCACCAGGCAAGAAGAACAAGGAAUAUUAUGCCGUUGUUACUGGACGAAUUGACGACCCUACGAUAUUCUCAUCGUGGGGCGAUGCACAUCCCCGUGUGACUGGAUGCAAAUCGAUCCAUAGGCGCUUUUCCGAACUUGACAAAGCACUAGAAUAUAUGAAGAAAAAUGGAGUCGAAAACCCUAGACUUGUGAUAAAGGAAGGUGCAGGAGAGACUACACCAAUACCAGGCAACAAAGGUUUCUAUGCUGUUGCUAAUGGUGCAAAACCGGGUAUUUAUCCUUACGAUUACGGAAAAGUGAAGCCAAUGGUUGAAACGGUCCCAGGUGCUUGUCAUAAGCACUUCCGGACACAUGCUCAGGCAGAAGCUUUCAUUGACGAUUGGAAAACUUCCUUUGCUGACAUAAGCCGGAGAGUAAUAAAGGAAAAAUUAGAUCGGGGCUUUCGACCUCAAGACAUGAAGUUAAAUUUUGAGGGAAUGCUUAGACCAACUUCCGCGUAUGGAGAAGUCGAAGAUAUUUCAAGGGAUAUGAAUGAGAAGUUGAACUUGAAGGACUAAUAGUGACAACCAACGUGACUAAAUUCAAGUAUUUAUCCCAUUAACAAGUUCUGCAUCCUUACCUUCAAACAUGCCAAGAUGUGCUCCACCCAUGUUCUGAAUGCCACAUUCUGCGGCAUACUAGAACUAUCUGUCCUACACGAUAAUUAAUUUUAAUAGAAAUACGCAUGUUUUGGUUGUUGAGAG